UUACGAGCUCGCACGACCUAGAUCAUCAAAAGGACAAAUCCCCAAUCUCUACACAAAAAUAACAAUCACUCAAAAACAGCUAGCUAUGACUGCUCCUAUCAACAACGAUCCCCAGAACGGCGCUGCCGGCCUCGAGAGGAAGCUCGGCAACAUGUCGAUUAACGGAGGUGCUCCCGCUUCCGGUCUCAACCCCUCUCGACCCGCUUACGUUCCUCCUCACAUGCGAGGAUCCGCCCCUUCCCGAGCCCCCUCGCUUGCUCCUCCCGUCUCCCCCGCUCCCGGUGGCAACGACUUCCACUCGGCUCCUCGAGGACCCCCCGGUGGUGGGUUCUCCCGAGGAGGAUUCGGAGGUGGUCGAGGUGGUGCCUCGAUGGGCGCUCCUCGUGGAGGCUUCUCUUCCGGAGGUGGAAGCGAAAGGAUUCCCGACGGCUUCGGAGCUUGGAGGGAUGGAAAGCAUAUCCUCGGAAACAGGCACGCUAGGAUGGAGAAGGAAUUGUACGGAGAAGAGGGCGAUGGUGCUCAUCAGUCUACCGGUCUCAACUUUGACCGAUACGCCGACAUCCCCGUCGAGGCCACCGGUCAAGGUGUUCCCGACCCCGUCACCGAGUUUACCAACCCUCCCCUCGACCCGGUCUUGCUCGAGAACAUCAAGUCGGCUCGAUACACCACCCCUACCCCGGUUCAAAAGUACUCGAUCCCUAUCGUCGCCAACAUGCGAGACUUGAUGGCCUGUGCCCAAACCGGUUCCGGAAAGACCGGUGGUUUCCUCUUCCCCGUCUUGUCGGAGAUGUUCACCAACGGACCCGCUCCCAAGCCUGUCGAGGACCACGGCAACUCGUUCUCGUCCUACUCGCGUGGACGAAAGCAGUACCCCACCGCCUUGAUCCUCGCCCCGACCCGAGAGCUCGUCUCCCAGAUCUACGAAGAGUCCCGAAGGUUCACCUACCGAUCUUGGGUUCGUGCCGCCGUUGUUUACGGUGGUGCCGAGAUCGGCAACCAGCUUCGUCAGAUCGAGCGUGGUUGUGACUUGCUCGCCGCUACCCCCGGUCGUCUCGUCGACCUGAUGGACCGAGGCAAGAUCUCGUUGGCCAACAUCAAGUACCUCGUCCUGGACGAGGCCGACCGAAUGUUGGACAUGGGUUUCGAGCCCCAGAUCAGGACCAUCAUCGAGCAGAGCGACAUGCCCGGCGUCCACGACAGGCAGACUUUGAUGUUCUCCGCCACCUUCCCCCGGGAGAUUCAGGUCCUCGCCAAGUCGUUCUUGAAGGAAUACGUCUUCCUCUCUGUUGGACGAGUCGGUUCGACCUCGGAGAACAUCAAGCAGAACGUCGAGUACGUCGACGAUCAAGAUAAGCGAUCCUUGUUGCUCGACGUCCUCAACGCCGAGCCCGCCGGAGGUCUCGUCCUGGUCUUUGUCGAGACCAAGCGUAUGGCCGACAUGCUCUGCGACUUCUUGUGCGACCAGAGGUUCCCCGCUACCUCGAUUCACGGAGACAGGACUCAACGUGAACGUGAACACGCCUUGUCUAUGUUCAAGUCUGGUCGAGCCCCUAUCCUCGUCGCCACCGCCGUCGCCGCUCGUGGUCUCGAUAUCCCCAACGUUAUGCACGUCAUCCUGUACGACUUGCCCAACGACAUCUCCGAGUACACCCACCGAAUCGGUCGUACCGGACGUGCCGGAAACACCGGUACCUCGACCGCCUUCUUCAACAGGGGCAACAGCAACAUCGGACGUGACCUUGUCGACCUAUUAAAGGAGGCCAACCAAGAGGUUCCUACCUGGUUAGUUGACGUUUCUGUCGAGAACCGAGGAGGAUACGGUGGCAGGUCGACUGGUCGUGGUCGAGGGGGUGGUGGACGAGGCUACGGUGGUGGUCGGGACGUCAGGUCCGGAGGCGGUGGUGGCGGAUUCGCCGCUCCUAGCAGGAAUGGAGGCGGCGGCGGUGGUGGUGCCAGCUUUGGAGGUGGCGGUGGCGGCUACGGUGGGGGUUACGGAGGCGGAGCUGCCGGCGGUGGCUCCAGCAACUGGUGGUAGACUCUCGAGUCCCACACCCGCUCGCCAGGAUCGGAGGCUCCUUUCCUUCCUGGCUCCUAUCGUCUCCCAUCUGCUGCCACUCUGUUUAAAAACAAAAACCCAACCAAAAACAUUUUCCGCUCCAUCUCUCUCGACUCUCGACUGGUAGCUCGGUCAAACGCCACUAGCUUUACCCCUUUCUCUCCUCCCUCUUUUUACGACAAGAAUUGGUUCCGAUGCAUGGGACAACAAUACUCGAAGG